CGAGAUAAUAGAAGGGAGUGUUCCGCCAAAGGGUUGCGUCUACCGUAUGGGACAAGGCGAGUUGGAGGAGCUGCGGAGACAAAUUGAUGACAUGAUUGAUCGUGGAUGGAUUAGGCCCAGCGAGUCUGAAUUUGGCGCACCUGUCUUGUUUGUGCCGAAGAAAGGAGGCAAACUCCGGAUGUGCAUUGAUUAUCGUGGCUUGAACCGGAUCACAAGGAAAAAUGCCUACCCUUUGCCUCGUAUAGAUGACCUGUUAGAUGCGGCCGGUGGUUGCAAAGUCUUCUCCAAGAUCGACCUCAAGUCUGACUACCACCAGAUUGAAGUUGAUCCAAGCGACCAGCACAAAACUGCAUUCAAGACACGCGAUGGGCUGUACGAAUUCAUCAUUAUGCCCUUCGGUCUGACGAAUGCACCAGCCACAUUUCAGUGCCUCAUGGACAAGGUACUCCGCCAUCAGCUUAACAAGUUUGUGGUUGUGUAUCUUGAUGACAUUCUGAUUUUCAGCAAGUCCAUGGAUGAGCACAUCAAGCAUCUUGAGGAAGUUUUGCAAGUCCUCAAAGAAGCUCAACUGCACCUCAACUUAGAAAAAUCUGAGUUUGGUAGGGACAGUGUCAUCUAUCUCGGGCACCGAUUGUCUGCAAACGGCCUUGAGCCGGAGGCAACCAAGGUUGAGGUCAUUCGAAACUGGCCUCAACCGGCGAACGUACGCGAACUGCGUUCCUUUCUCGGUUUGGCUUCUUAUUACCGGAAGUUUGUACCCAGAUUUUCUGUUAUUGCUCACCCACUCUCGAGACUGACAAGUAAGAACGUUGCUUAUGUGUGGUGUGAGAAAUGUGAGACUGCGUUCGAAGCCUUGAAAGAGGCUUUGGUGAGUCAUCAUGUGCUCCGCAUUGCAGAUCCCAACCUCAUGUUCGUAGUCACUACGGACGCGAGCCAGUUUGGGAUUGGUGCAGUGCUGCAACAAGAUGAUGGCGAUGGCCUGCGUCCGCUCGAAUAUUACAGCAAACGCAUGCCCAGCCACAAAGUAGCUACUUCCACAUACAUGCGUGAGCUCUACGCCUUGCGCGAGGCGCUCACACAUUGGAAGCACUACCUUUUGGGUCGACACUUCAAGGUCUAUUCAGAUCACCAGACCUUGCAAUGGAUUAAGACGCAAACUGAUCUUUCCCCAACGCUGACCCGCUGGCUGCAUGACAUUGAUGACUUUAACUUCGAACUAAAACAUAAGAAAGGCUGUUAUAACCGUGUUGCUGAUGCUUUGUCGUACCAUCCCGAGUAUUUGACUUGCCUUGUGGGUUCAUACGAUCUCCGAAGGAAACUGAAGGAGGAUCUGAUUGAGCACACCGCCAAGGAUCCGGACCUCAGUCCCAUCCUUGAGCAGCUCAAGGCUGACCCUAACAGUCAGCCUGAUUUUCAUGAAUGCGAGGGUCUUGUAUUCCGCCGGUAUGGGAAGUUUGACCGUUUGUGUGUACCCAACCAUGCGCCUCUCCGAACUCAUUUCUUGGAUUUGGCACAUGGUCGGAGUGGACAUUUCGGCUUUGAGAAAACUUAUGGAAGUCUUCUGCGGCAAUUUGAUUGGCCAGGAAUGAAAGGAUUUGCUCAGAACUUCAUCGCUGAAUGUCAAGUAUGCCAAAGAGUCAAGUUCCACAGGCAUAAGCCUUAUGGCCUACUGAGACCUCUCCCCAUUCCUGAUGGACCCGACGCAGAUGCCCAGGCUCGGCGCAAGGAAGCCCAGGAUCUGCUGCAGUGGCAUGAAGCAGCCAGCAUCGACAGACUCAAGUUUUGGCACUUUGAACCGAACGGCGACGAGGCAACACCGGAAGAGAAGCAUAGGGAGUUCCUCUUCAAACUCGUGACACGGUUCUUGUGUGCUUGCAACUACCAACGGUCCGAGUUGGAGAAGCAGUACCAGAACCUGACGCAACAGCAUCAGGAGUUGGCGACGCUCCGCCGCACAAUGCAGAGCCACGAGGACGCAACUCGGGCACUCAAUGCCCGAAUACUGGACCUGGAGAAGGUUGUACCAGGACCAGAUGCUGGCGCUUCCAGUAGUGCAUCCUCUAGCCGCCAACUAGAGGAACGCGUUGACCACGUAGUGGAAAUGCUCGGCGACAUCAGCACCUUCGCUGCGCCGACCACCAUCAGCAGCUUGCUGCAUACCUUGAAGACCGAGGUCCAGCAGUUGCAGUCGACGAACGCGGAUGACAAUCCGAAGAUGUACAAGAUGCCAACUUUCCAACUGGACAAGUUCGACGACUACACGCAGCAGGAUCCGGUCCUCUGGUGGGAAGCAUUCACAACGCAACUCAGGAUUCUGCCAGUAGCCAAGCAUGCGUACAUCGGCGCCCUGUUCCUGAACUCAAAGGGCGGAUGCCAGACCUGGUUGAGCCACCUGGCAACCUCUCACGGCGUCGACGUACCGGACUUGAAGGACAAGAUCACAUGGGAGGAACUGACACGGCUGUGGAAGAAGCGGUUCAUCGUCGACGACGCGCCGACACUCGCCAUCAACCGUUUGUUCACCAUGUCAUAGGGCAACACUGCAACACGGGAUUGGCUCACGGAGUGGCAGAAGAUUGCGGCGGUGCCCAAUCUGGAAUUGGCAUUCACGCAUCUACACCGCGAGUUCUACAACCUGUGCGGCAUUGAGCCAGGCUCUUGGUGAUCGCGAGCAGUACUCCACUUUCGCCGAGAUUAUCGACAAGGCGAGAGAGAUCAUCAAGACCAACAGGUCAGCUGCACACGAGAAAUCAACAUGGCAGCCGACC